AUGGAAGGCAAUAUUCUGAAGAAUGCGAUCGUAGCACUUGUAGCAGCCUUAAUGUUCCAAGGACUCGACAUUGUGCAUUGUGCUGAGUGUUGUGCGCCAUAUUUAGAUGGUAACGGGGAGUACCGCGCGUCAUUUUGGUGCCCACAAAAGUGCUGUUACAGACGACAUAUUGGAGCGACACCAACAGAGACUCUUUAUGUCAAAGAAUUGGACUUCCGGUUCCGGGAAUGUUGUGAUAAUCCUGACCACCAAGUGUAUUCAUACGAGCGACGUACGUGCCUUUUACAACAACCAAUAAGUUUAAGAACUUACGUGCUCCUGACGACAGCGGUUUCCAUAGUAACGGUGACCGGGACAAUGGUGUACUGCCUCAUAUCGAAAUGUCAAAACAAAAUACACACGAAGAACAAUGUGAAUGUCUCUAACACUAUAGACAUUGAUGAUAUCACCAAGCCAUUGGAUCCGUUUGCUAGAAUCGACUAUCCAGAAAGAAAAUCGAAUUCAUGGAAAAUCUCUAAACUUUGAUGUCCUAUAGCAAUGUUGCCUUUCUAUGAAUAUAAUAUUACAUAUGUGUUCAUCAUUCUUGACGUAGUUUUUAAUCAAAUUCAUGUUCAUUCACAUGUUCCUUCGUAACUCGUGACGAAGGCUAUUAAGAUUAAAAAUAAUGCACAUAUUCUGCCAUUCUUUGUAACGUAAAUGAGUUUACAAAUCCCAUUAUAGUUGAAUCGUUAGGGAAUAGUUUCGUUCAUCAUUUCCGACGUCAUACGAUGUGCAGGAUUUUUACGAAUUCCCGAAACAUUUUUAGCGAAAUUAUAGGGUAUCGUUCCAUCGG